AACACAUCUCUCUAUUUAUUUGUAACAAAUAAUAUUCGGAAUUUUUUUUGCAAGAAAUUUGUUUGUAUUUCAAAAGAAAUAUUCCUUCAGUUUUAAGUGAAGUGAUAACCAAAUAAAAGAGGAUUGUCCAGCCAACAUGUCGAGCUUCAACCAGUUGGGCCAAGUAGUGUGUCAACUCAUUGAAAGUGUCGGCGUGCCCGUCUCCUAUGAGGUUGUGAUGGAGUUGAUGGCAAAAAUGAAGAAACGUCCUCUCACCACACAGGAGCGUCUCAGCGUCAAGGCCACACUGGAUGCAGCACUAGAGCUGGGUUUCCUGCAACAAAGUAGCAACAAUUCCUACUGCGUCCUCCCAGUCACACGGAAGACCGAAUUCGAGCUAAAGGCCCACCAGAUGGAUGCCUCCAUGCCACCAGCCAUUGAAACAGAACGAAAUCAAGUCACUGCUUUCCGCAAGGGCAAUGAGGGAAAGACCGCAGACAAAUCUACCGGUAAAUCUCGCAAGCCCCUCAAGCGCCUCUGCUCGAAGAAGAAGACCACUGCAGGUCUUCUUGAAAAACAGAAAGAAACUAAAGACUCCCGCUGGCAGCUUUUUUGGGGUUUUUUUUAUAACGUUUUUCCCCGCAAGGGAAAGACCGCUGGAAAGGCCACAGGAGGAGUCUUAAAGCGCAAGGGGAAGGCCACAGCUGGAAACCGCAAGCGCUCCUCGAAGCGCCCCUCCCGCAAGGCAAAGGUUCCUAGAGGAGAAUCUAAGUGUCGCUCCAGACGCUCUUCCCGAAAGUAAAAAGAAAUCCAGAAGCCAGAUUCAGUUUUCAAGAUCAAAAUUGUACAUUCUUACAGUCAACAGUAUUUCGAACAGCAUUUAAUAAUUGUGCCAAAAUUGAAAAGUCCUAACAGAUGUGUAUCAGUAUCUUGAUGGAAGAAUAUUUAAUGUUAUCAAUAGUUUAAUGAAAGCUUUCAAAAAGUA